GAAGAGAGUCGGGUAGCGCGGGUGAGCACUGGCGCAGAUAUUGAUGAAGGCAUGUCUUCGGUGCUUAGUGUUCCUGCUGGGCUGUACAUCACCUUGGUGUUUCACUCGUUACCUCGCCCUCGAACAUUUUACACUCUUUUGGAUUGAUGCUGAUCUCUGGUGGCAGGUGUACCGUUUCUCCAUCUUGGUGCUUCUUUCUUAUCGUCCUCUCUUCACCUCUUCUAGUUUGCCAUUUAGCAUUCUUGCUGGGUCGUACAUCACCUUGGCGUUUCGCCCGUUAGCUCGGCCUCGAACAUUGGAUUGGCGACUGGCAUGAGAAGUUUCAAACCGGAGCUGACAUUCAUAGUCAUAGGUAAAUAGUGAACCUGCAAGGAUUGCAGGCCUGCUAAAGUAUGGCACUUGAUUAAGACUUUGAUGUACUAUAUAAUUAAAGAGAAGUUUGUAUGCAAGCAAAAUAAAUUGAAGUUUGAGAGUGCU